GGAAACACAUGCUGGUAGACGGGGUGCUUCCGUCUCCGGCCUCGCAGAGGAGCGUUUUGCGUUGAGAGCCUUGCCCAGGGUCUGCUUCCUGAGCAGGGAGUUAAAACUGGAGUUUACUGCCUCCAGUCCCAGCAGUCUAAGCCACUGACUGACCCUGUGCUUCUGUGAUCUCUUGAAGGGCACCUCUGGCCAGAAGGCACCAGACAUCGCCACGGCAUCCGCUGAAGCCUUGUAUGCAUCUGCUUCCCUAUUGCCCACCUCCAAAGGGAUGCUUCUGACUUUCUGAUCCUCCACAGCCGGGGCUGGCAGCAGCCUCCGUGGUCUGAGAAAUGCCCCAUCCGACCUGAUGUCUUCUUCCGUUCAGGGCUAGAUCGAGGAAGCUGGUGGUAACUGAAAAACAAAGCUCUGAUCCACGGACCAAGCAGGACUGUCCCGGGGCACCUCCUGAAAGAGCUCUGCUGCCAGAGACACUCCUGGCGUGGAAGGCCGAGAAGAUGUCUUCUUCCCUGAUCAACCGCUCGGUGGCCACCCACGUGCUUGUGGCCCUCUUCGGCAUGGGCUCCUGGGUCGCCAUCAACUCCCUGUGGGUGGAGCUCCCAGUGGUGGUGAAGAAGCUUCCCGAAGGCUGGAACCUCCCCGCCUACCUGUCCGUCCUCAUCGCCCUGGGCAAUGUGGGGCCCAUGAGCGUGACCCUGACGCACCACUUGGCGCCCGGGCGGCUGAAGGAGCGCUGGCUGAUCCACGCCGUCCAGCUCCUGGCGGUGGGGGCAGCCCUCUUCCUGGCGCUCUUCUGGGACUGGACGACGGCGGUGGCCAGCGCAGAGCACAGCCUGGCCUACCUGGUGCUGGCCUUCCUGCUGGCCCUCGUCUGCUGCACCUCCAACGUCUCCUUCUUGCCCUUCAUGUACCAGUUCCCGCCCAUCUUUGUGCGCACCUUCUUCAUCGGGCAGGGGCUCAGCGCCCUCCUGCCCUGCGUGCUGGCCCUGGGGCAGGGCGUGGGGCAGCUGGAGUGCCUCAACGGCACACAUGGCAACGCCUCGCGGCCGCAUUACCUAGAAGAGAACUUCUCGGCCACCACCUUCUUCUGGCUGCUGGCCGGCCUCCUGGCGGUCUCGGCCCUGGCCUUCCUGGCCCUGCUGCUCUGGCACAAGGAGGGGGGCUCCUCCCCGGGGAAGGGCUCCUCCCAGGAGAGCGUGGCGUCGGAGGAGUCCUUCCCCUUGCAGACUGACGGCGCCCCCACCGCCGACGGCACCGCAGAGAGCCCCGGCCCGGAAGCACCCGCCAAGCCGCAAGCCGCCAGCUUCUGGACGCGGAGGAACAUCUACCUGCUGGUGCUGCUGGGGGUCUGCAGCGCCCUGACCAACGGGGUCCUGCCUUCCGUGCAGAGCUACUCCUGCCUGCCGUACGGGGGCAUGGCCUAUCACCUCUCUGUGGUGCUCAGCAACAUCGCCAACCCCGUGGCCUGCUUCGUCGCCAUGUUCCUCCUCUGCAGGUCGUCCCUGGGCCUGGGCCUCCUCUCCGCCCUGGGGGGCGUCUUUGGAGCCUACCUGAUGGUCCUGGCGGCCUUCAGCCCCUGCCCGCCGCUGGUGGGCAGCCCCGUAGGCGUGGCAUUGGUGGUGACCUCCUGGAUCCUGUUCAUGGGCCUCUUCUCCUACCUGAAGGUGGUGAUCGGCAGCCUGCUGCACGAGGCGGGCCACGCCGCCCUGGUCUGGUGCGGCACCAUCAUCCAGGUGGGAUCCUUGGUGGGCGCCCUCCUCAUGUUCCCCCUCACCAGCGUCUACCACCUCUUCCGCAGCGGGACGGACUGCGUGGACAACUGCCGGGCGUGAGCCCAGUGGGGAGCAGGGAAGAGGUCAGCCUGAACUCGACUUUCCUCCAGCUCCUGGAGGGGAAGAAGCCACAGGCCACACCGGGCGGCCUUCCUCCGGGGGCGGGGGCAACACGGCCAGCGUAGCACUGGGGCUCCAUAGCUGCAGCUCCUGCCGCACAAAAUGCAUCCUUUUCCCCCCCCCCACCACCACCUCCUCACUUCCUAUCCUUUGGGGCAGGCACCCCCCCUCCCCACCACAUUCCCAGUCUCUUCUCUUGUUUUCUAUCUUGGGAAAUUUCACAUUCCAGCCACGGCCCGGCCAAACCGACAUUCCCUCAACGUGACCUUGCCGCCUGCCUGCCCCCCUCUGCUACUGCCACAAGCCUCCCAAGUGAGUCUCCUUUCCUCCCUCCUGCAGCUCCCUGUGCAGGGGGGACGCCGUGCCCCGCCCCACCCCCGCCGUGCCUUCAGAGCGGUGCCAUCGCUGAGAAGACCCCGGGACCAGAACUGCCUGCCCCUUUCUGUUUUGCUAACUGAGCAGGCAGGUCAGCAAUGCUGGGGGCUUUCCAAAGAGA